AAAAAGAAAAUGAAAGAAAAGAAAAGGUUACGUAAACCUAUAGGCCGUAGGAAGAAUAGAAUGAUCACUCGUCAAUGAAAAUUAUGCUGAACUUGUUUUUGUAGUGGUGUGUCACUAUUGGAAAUAGCAUAAUGGGAGCGCAAGUUAGAUGGAAAACUGAAUCAAGUAGUGGGAUUUAACCUCAAGCUCCACCAAAAUUUGGCAUUCUGGUAUCUAUAAAUAGUCGGUUUUCGGGGUUGCACAUUCAAACAUUCUUUGGUCAGUUGGGAGGCUAUAGUUGAUUUCAGUUCACUGUCAUGAUGACUUCACCCAAGGAAAGAUUUCCUGAAGAACAACCAUCCAGUUUCAAAUUUGAAACUCCCAUAACAUUCACUAGCUUGGAUGGCGUACCAGAGAGUUCUACGCCAAAUGAUCGGUCUCACCUCACAGGUGUUCCAACUUCGAGUCCAUUAACUGAUCUCGCAAAUGCUAAGAGUGACUCAAAUGCAUCUGAAGCCAUUGAUGAAUCCCACCAAAUAGGAUCCGUUUCCAUAAGCAUGCCAUGUUCUCCUUUAGGGGUUAACAUUGAAGACGCAAGAAAAGUUCUCUUCAGUCGUAGUGUUGGAACAGGUAUACAAAUUGGGAAACCAGGCCGUCCUGUUGGGUAUGAAACUGCUAACAAACAAACAAAUAUCGCGAUUUUUCACUCUCUGCCUAUAACGUCAGGUAGCUCAACAAAUGCAGAGGAGCUUCCCGCAGGAAAGUCACGGAUUGAUAGAUUAAAGGAUAAAAGAUUUGAUUCUUUCAAAACAUGGUCUGGGAAAUUUGAGAGGCAGUUAUCACAUUUACGCGGAAAGCAUCAAGAACCUGAUGAAGAUGAGGCUAACGUUCCACAGAAUACUGAGAUGGAGAACUUGCCUGUGCAUCGAUACUUUGAUGCACUCAAAGGCCCUGAAUUGGAAACUCUCAGGGAUACAGAGGAAUUGGUUCUUCCAAAAGACAAGAAGUGGCCGUUUCUACUCCGUUUUCCCAUCUCUGCAUUCAGUAUAUGCCUUGGACUUAGCAGCCAAGCCAUCCUAUGGAAGGCGCUAGCUACAUCUCCGUCAACAAGAUUUCUCCAUAUAAGCAUGGCUGUCAACCUCAUUCUAUGGUGGAUCGCUGUUAUUAUCACUUCCAUAGUGUUUUUCAUUUACUUUCUCAAAGUUGUGUUUUACUUUGAAGCAGUUCGCCGCGAGUAUUUUCACCCAAUACGCGUCAACUUUUUCUUUGCACCAUGGGUAACUUUACUUUUCUUGGCACUCGGAAUCCCUCCAUCGCAUGUUGAAACACUGCAUGCUGCUUCGUGGUAUAUUCUGAUGACACCAAUCUUGUGUCUCGAACUUAAAAUAUACGGGCAAUGGAUGUCAGGAGGUCAACGUAGGCUCUCAAAAGUGGCAAAUCCUUCAAAUCAUCUUUCUAUUAUUGGGAACUUUGUUGGUGCAUUGUUAGGAGCAUCGAAUGGAUUAAAAGAAGGGCCUAUAUUCUUCUUUGGCGUCGGAUUAGCUCACUAUGUGGUCUUAUUUGUUACACUGUACCAGAGACUUCCAACUAAUGAGACCCUUCCGAAGGAGCUUCAUCCUGUUUUCUUCCUGUUUGUUGCUGGACCUAGUGUUGCUUCUAUGGCAUGGGCAAGGAUUCAAGGGACGUUCGAUUACGGGUCGAAGAUUUGCUACUUCAUUGGCUUGUUCCUUUACUGCUCAUUGGCUGUUCGGAUAAAUUUCUUCAGAGGAUUCAGGUUCUCCCUGGCAUGGUGGGCUUAUACUUUUCCAAUGGCAGGGGCUUCCAUCGCAACAAUCAGAUACUCAAAUGUAGUAAAAAACCCAUUAACACAAACUAUGUCCGUCAUACUCUCGGCCAUAUCUACCUGCGUAGUAACUGCUCUUCUGAUCUCCACUGUUUACCAUGCUUUUGUAUUACAAAACCUUUUCCCUAAUGACAUUGUCAUUGCCAUUGCACAAAAGAAAGCAAAGCCAAGUAAGAAGUUUCGUGGAAAACGGAAAGGAUUAAAGGAGGGUAAAAACAAUGAAUUCUCUCUAACACCAACAACCUCUUCUGAUUCUAAAGACAUCGAGUCCUCUCUUGUCUAACCACACAACCGAAGUUAGAUCGGUUUGGUCGAUGUCGCUAUCCAGUAUCUCCUGUGAUUCAUAUCUUUUGUACAAGUAGAAUUUCAGUAAAUUUCUCUUUUACUGGAAGACAAUAUGAAAAAUGAGACAGUAUAUAUGCUGAUGGCGUUGUACUUGUUAACAUAUGCCAUAUGAGGUAUCACCAUUGUUCUCACUUCUCAGAAAGGUUAUUAUACUGUUAUGGACGAGAAAUUAAAUUAAAUCUUAAUAAUAAUAUUAUUAAUUCA